AUGUCAAUUGAUACAAUCAGAAUUGUUGUAUGUGGUGAUGAAUCUGUUGGUAAAUCUUCAUUAAUAACGUCUUUAAUUAAAGAAACUAUUAUAGAAUCUCAAACAAAACAUGUAUUACCUCCAAUAACAAUUUCAAAAAAUGAUUAUUAUGAAAGUUUACAAGAUUCAAAUUUGCAAUCAAUUUCAAAUAAUAAAAAGUCUAAAAAAUCUUCUUCCUUUUCAUUAGAUAAUAAAGAAAUAUCUCAAUAUAUUCCAAAUAUUACUACUAUUAUAGAUACUUCAUCUUCUGAUAUUACUAGUUUACAAAAUGAAUUAAAAAAAAGUAAUGUUAUAUGGCUUAUUUACAGUGAUCAUUAUACUUAUGAAAGAAUAAGUUUACAUUGGCUACCUUUUUUCAGAUCUUUAGGUAUUAAUUUACCAAUUAUUAUAACUGGAAAUAAAUCUGAUAUAUUAUCAACAAAUAAUAAAAAGGCUAUAAAAUUCAAAAAUUCUGAUGAAUUUAUACCAUUAAUUAAUGAGUUUAAAGAAAUUGAAGCUGGUGUAAGAGCAAGUGCAAAAUUAAAUUAUAAUGUAGUUGAAGCAUUUUAUCUAUGUCAAAGAGCUGUAACACAUCCAAUUUCUCCAAUUUUUGAUACAAAAGAAGGUAAUUUAAAGCCCGGGGCAAUUGCUGCAUUAAAAAGGAUUUUUUUCUUAUCAGAUACGGAUCAAGAUGAUUGUUUGAAUUUCAAUGAGUUUAAUAAAUUACAUAAUAAAGUAUUUAAAAAGAAUUUAAAAAUUGAAGAAUUUAAUGAAAUCAAAACAAAAUUGAAUGAGAAAAUUUACAAUGAUCCAAAAAUUAAAGGUUUAUCAGAAUAUGAAUUUAUACUAUUAAAUAAGUUAUAUUGUGAAAUGGGUAGACAUGAAACUUGUUGGUGUAUACUAAGAGCUUAUCAUUAUACAAAUUCAUUAUCAUUAAAUGAUAAAUUUUUAUAUCCCAAUUUACAGAUUAGUGAAAAUUCAAGUGUUGAAUUAUCACCAACUGGUUAUAAAUUCUUUGUUGAUUUAUUUAUAAAAUUUGAUAAAGAUAAUGAUGGAGGUUUAAAUGAAAAAGAAUUGGAAAAUUUAUUUAAACCAACUCCUGGAAUACCUAAAUUAUGGGUUGAAACUUCAUUUCCAACGUCAAUUGUAUGUAAUGAUGAAGGUUAUGUAACAUUACAAGGUUGGCUAGCUCAAUGGAAUUUAACAACUUUUUUAAAUUAUAAAACUACUUUAGAAUAUUUAGCUUAUUUAGGUUAUGAUGAAGGUAAUAAUAGUACUAAAGCUUUAAAAAUAACAAAACCAAGGAAAAUAAGACAAAAAAAUGGUAAAAUUUAUCGUACAUCAGUUAAUGAUCGAAAUAUUUUUAAUUGUUUCAUCUUGGGUGCUCCUAAAUCAGGUAAAAGUUCGUUAUUACAACUGUUUUUAAAAGAUGGAUCAUAUAGUGAAAUAUAUUCACCAACUAUACAACCAAGGUUAGUUAUUAAAGAUAUUGAAUUAAGAGGUGGUAAACAAUGUUAUUUAAUAUUUGAAGAAUUAGGUGAACUAGAACCUGCAAUAUUAGAAAAUAAAUUAAGAUUAGAUCAAUGUGAUGUUAUAUGUUAUAUAUAUGAUUCAUCCGAUCCAGAAAGUUUUCAAUAUUUAGUUGAUUUAAGAAAUAAAUAUCUGAAAAAUUUAGAUGAAAUUCCAUCAGUAUUUAUAGCUUCAAAAGCUGAUUUAGAUAAACAACAACAAAGAUCAGAUAUUCAACCUGAAAUUUAUACUCGUGAUUUAUUUUUAAAUUCACCAUUACAUAUAUCAAGUUCAUGGACGAGUUCAUUACAUGAAUUGUUUAUACAAUUAGUUGAUGCAGCUAAAAAUCCACAAACUUCAACUCCAGGAUUAGAAAUAGAACAAAAAACUGAUCAAGAGAAUUUAAAACAUAUAAUAAUGGCAGGUGGUGCAAUUGGAGUAAUGGCAUUGGUAUCUGUUUGGAUGUUAAAUAGUAUGAGAAGAUAA